AUGAAGGCAGCGAGGCCUUCUCUUUCUCGUUUGGUGAUUUCAGACCGAUCACACUCGAGUGGCGAGCUCCGGUGGUCGACUAGACCGAAGAAGGACGUGGGCAGAAGCAGUGACGCUGCUGUGGGUUUGGCUUACAAUGAUAGAAUCAAAUGGUGGCCAAUUUAUUAUGAAGAGAAUGAAUGGAUUGGGAAAGUCCAACUUUCUAUCAGCAGUACAAUUGCAUCUGAUGAAACUACACACCUCAAGUGUGGACCUGUGGUGGAAACACUCGCGUAUGAUUUACUGUUGGAAGCUGCCAUGUGA